AUGGCUGUCGCCUCGGCUCUUCUCAUUGUCGUCAUUACGAUUCUAUUCCCUCCUGCGGGAGUCUGGGCCGUCGCAGGAUGUGGCAUGGACUUGUUUAUCAACAUUUGCCUGACGCUCCUCGGAUACAUCCCAGGCCACCUGCAUGCCUUCUACCUCGAGUAUAUCUACUUUGACCGCCGGGAGCAGGCGCACGAGGGUCGGGUGCCGACCGGGCCGGCGCCGGGCGUCUACUCGGACAAUGUGCAGACCGGUGGCCAGGGUUAUGGCACUAUUGUGCACCAGACGUAG